AUCCCAGCUACUUGGGAGGCUGAGGCAGAAGAAUCGCUUGAACCCCGGAGGCAGAGGUUGAGGUGAGAGGAGAUCGCGCCUGGGCAACAACGGCGAAGCUUUCUCAAAAGAAAAAAAAAUCGUCGGUUUCCUUUUCCCAUUUUUCUUUCUUUUGUGACUUAUAUUCCAGAACGAAGCCCCACACAUCAUUAAUGAUUUGAAUCGUUUCUAAAGCGUUUCUUAAAUCGUUUCUUAAAUUGUUUGUUGUUUCUUGUCUAACAGUCCAGCACACAUAUUACAUAAUGGAGCCGGGAGACAGACUACGGCUGGCUUGACCCGGCCACGCAGUCCAGGAAAGGUGCUUUUCACCCCAAGUGCAAAAUGAUCAAUGUAUUCUUCCGAUCUACAUAAACAAGCACCUCCUGGUUUCAUUUUCGUAAAGCAAAACAAGCAGGGAAGCUUUACUCUUUAGGCUCUUUAAACUUCCAGCAACUACACUGCGCUGCAUCGCGACGCCCGCUGGUGACGCACACGCUGCGCCGGAAGUGCGAACUGUCGGCCUCCAGGCUUUGUCAUGGCGGCUGCUGCUGCGCGCUGGAGCCAUGUGUGGGUCGGCACCGAGACUGGGAUCCUGAAAGGGGUAAAUCUUGAGCGAAAACAGGCGGCGAACUUUACGGCCGGAGGACAGCCGCGGCGCCAGGAGGCAGUGAGCGCCCUGUGUUGGGGCAUGGGCGGCGAGACCCAGAUCCUGGUGGGCUGCGCGGACAGGACGGUGAAGCACUUCAGCACCGAGGAUGGCAUAUUCCAGGGUCAGAGACACUGCCCGGGCGGGGAGGGCAUGUUCCGUGGCCUCGCCCAGGCCGACGGCACCCUCAUCACAUGUGUGGAUUCUGGGAUUCUCAGAGUCUGGCAUGACAAGGACAAGGACACAUCCUCUGACCCACUCCUGGAACUGAGAGUGGGCCCUGGGGUGUGUAGGAUGCGCCAAGACCCAGCACACCACCAUGUGGUUGCCACAGGUGGGAAGGAGAAUGCUUUGAAGAUAUGGGACCUGCAGGGCUCUGAGGAACCUGUGUUCAGGGCCAAGAACGUGCGGAAUGACUGGCUGGACCUGCGGGUUCCCAUCUGGGACCAGGACAUACAGUUUCUCCCAGGAUCACAGAAGCUUGUCACCUGCACAGGGUACCACCAGGUCCGUGUCUAUGAUCCAGCAUCCCCGCAGCGCCGGCCAGUCCUAGAGACCACCUAUGGAGAGUACCCACUGACAGCCAUGACCCUCACUCCGGGAGGCAACUCAGUCAUUGUGGGAAACACUCAUGGGCAGCUGGCAGAAAUUGACCUUCGGCAAGGGCGUCUACUGGGCUGUCUGAAGGGGCUGGCAGGCAGUGUGCGUGGGUUGCAGUGCCACCCUUCAAAGCCUCUACUAGCCUCCUGUGGCUUGGACAGAGUCUUGAGGAUACACAGGAUCCAGAAUCCACGGGGUCUGGAGCAUAAGGUUUAUCUCAAGUCUCAAUUGAACUGCCUCCUCUUGUCAGGCAGGGACAACUGGGAGGAUGAGCCCCAAGAGCCUCAAGAACCCAACAAGGUGUCCCUAGAAGACACAGAGACAGAUGAACUUUGGGCAUCCUUGGAGGCAGCUGCCAAGCGGAAGCUCUCGGAUUUGGAGCAGACCCAAGGAUCUCUCCAAACGAGACGGAGAAAGAAGAAGCGGCCUGGGUCCACCAACCCCUGACGCCCCUGUGCCCACUUUGUAAAUAAACUACUGAACACCCACC